CGACAGACCAACGUAAGUGCCAGAUCAAAUGAGACAGACUGAGUCGCUGAUCCAAAAUGAUGUGGAUCUCUUGGACACAAGGAAGAACUGUGACAAGGGAAACCUAAGAGUGAAACCUACCAAAGGCGCAGCAGUCUUCUGGUACAACUACCUGUCUGAUGGAAGAGGCUGGGUUGGCGAGCAGGAUGAGUACUCUCUGCAUGGAGGCUGUGUGGUGACCAGUGGCACUAAGUGGGUCUCCAACAACUGGAUCAACGUGGACCCGGACUACCACAGGCAGGCCCGCUACCAGGAGUUAGUGUCUCAGCAGCAGGGACAGGGGGCACCCGACGAGCCCUCAGAUGCCAGCUCCCCUCGCCACAUGGAGUCCCAUGUGGAGUUAUAGCUCACAGACCAAAAGUACUCCUGACACCUAUGCACACACACGCACACACACACUCUCACCUGUUUACUUGCUUAUCUUGUACACACAACUUCACUGGUCUGAAAAAAAAGCUUUAUCCAGCCAACCCUGUCAUAUCUAUGCUAAAUAUGCACUGACAUUUUUUAUAGCUAAUUUAUUUAAAUUAUCUAAAAGAGUUGAUGUUCAGCACAAUAGCAGGGCAAUUUAACAGGGUGAAUAAGAUUGCGCAGGUCCAGAUGACUAUUAAGAUAUACACUCGGACAUGCUGGUAUCACCCUGGUGUGAUAUGUCUCAAUCAUCAACUGGCUGUGUUAUCCUCUAAUAAUACAUCUUCUAGUGACAAAUCGAUGUUUUCACAAAGGAUGUUCAUGAAGAACAUCUUCCAUGUUUUAACACUGACUGACUAGCUUCUGCUGUAGUGAGAAUUCAGUUAUGAGAAUUCAAUAACUAGAUGUGAGAUGGUCACUUGUGGCAAUGGUCUAAGAGUUCAGUGGUCGGCUGUUUCGAAAUAUUUCACAGAACCAUGCAAGUGUAGUGAAUGAUACUAGGCAGUUUGUAACAUCCUUUUCUGCCCCCUGCCUCUCCCUGCACCCAUAGCAAAAGCAUGACCCUGGUGACGUACCUGUAGCCAUUACAGAUCUAACUUCCUUUGUGUGUGACAACUUAGCAAAAAAAAUCCUGCCUGCUGUGUGUGCAGAUUUAGGACCAGUUGCUGAAGUUUUCCUUGUGUUUGAAUGUUAGAUUACAUGUGUUUGUUUGAAAAACAUUGAAGUAUUUUUCCACCUGAAGCACUUUAGAUCUUUUUCAAGGCUUUUGUUGUGGACUACUGAGUUUAUAAAUGCCUUGUCCAUCCCCUAGCGGGCUUUCUGUUUCACCGGAACAUAUAUAAGAUGAAUUCAGGGACGAUUUUGGGCAGCAGUUUAUUGAUGUCAAAGAGAAUUGGUUUUGCUUCAUGUGAACCUAUAUUCAUGCUUGGUUGAUCUUGAUUCUUGAUACUUUUAUACACUGAAAAGCUGUACCCAUGCGCGUUUUGCACUUAUUCUAGAAUCUAUUCUAGAUGUAUUGUAAGUUGUUUGGGAUUUGGGGGUUUGUAGAGACUAACAAGGAGGCUACACCAGGCACGUAACUGAAGCGUUCCGUUCGCCUAGCGUCUGCUGCAACAGUUAACUUCCACUAUAAUCAACUGGCUACAACAGAUGUGAUAGCGGUUCAUAUGUUCAAAAAAAGUUAAAGAAAUCUUCUUAAACUAUUUUGAUAUUACGCGAACGGAGCGCUUCGGUUGCAGACCCGGUGUAGCCCGGGCCUAAUUCUUUGACCUCCGUGUUAAGCAGCCGUAUAUGUCUAGUUUUUAAAGGGAUACUUUUUCCAAAAUAUGCAGUUCUCCUACACCAGUGGUAUUCAAACUUUUCUUUUCUGGCAGAGCCUCCAAUUAAAGUACACUAACUAGUUCUAGGAUUCUUUGCAUCUGGACUUAGAAAUAGGCAAUUGGUGCAUGACAUCCUCAUGUUUUCCUCAUAAAUUCCCUCAUACAUUUCAUUUGUAUAAAAAAAGCUGUGCUAAACCCAAUGCACCAUCUGCUCUCCUUACGCACCAAUGUUUGACUAUCAUGGCCUUAGACUAAACAAAGCAUGUGAGAAAUGUUAUUUGCACCUCCUAUGUAUUUGAUGCUGUAGUUCAGGUUUUAAUUCACUUUUUUGCUUCCACACGUAUACAGUCAGUUUGAUUCAGUGUAUGUCAAGGUUAUUUGUAAUGAACAACUGUGUAUAUUGCACUGAAUCACUUUUCAUUUUUCAAAAUAGCACCACAAAGAAAAGUGAUCACUGCCUGCAUCUCUAGCCACUCAAGUUUCUUCUUGUUCCAUUAGAAGCCAUUUAAAAAUAAACUAAAAAAACUCUAAACUACAUAUGAUUUCUGAUUUAUUUAUAACAGUAGCACAACAAAUAUGUCUUACAAUACCAGAUAAGUUUUAGAAUUUACUAAUGUGUUCUAAAACUUCUGUUAGAUUGUUAUCAGAGGUUCUAACUAGCAUUCCAUGGGAAGGGAAACAAUCUCAGUGGUCAGAUAUCAUCCCUACCAACAACUCUUGA